UUUGAUGGAGACUUCGACGGCGAUUUUGAUGAAAUGGAAGAUGACGUCCAGGAUGAGAUUGAGAAUGUCGAGGAGAGCCAGGAGAACAUUGAAAUAAUUGAUUCAACGCAGGAGCAAUCAUCGCUGAAAGUCGAUCCAGAGAAAAGGAUGACGACACCCUACAUGACUAAAUAUGAAAGGGCCAGAGUCCUUGGGACGAGAGCUCUACAAAUUGCGAUGUGCGCGCCGGUGAUGGUCGAACUGGAAGGUGAAAUUGAUCCCCUGGCAAUUGCAAUGAAGGAAUUGAAGGCAAGGAAGAUUCCGAUCAUCAUCAGGAGGUACCUUCCAGAUGGCUCCUAUGAGGACUGGGCUAUCGACGAACUCAUCAUCACGGACAUCUAA